UCGGUGAGUCCGCCCCCCGCUUAAAACUCAAUGGAAAUUUCCAGUCUGUCUACUCAUAGCUAUAUUAGCAGAAGCGAUCGACGACGAACGUUGAGGCAGACAUUAACGGCUCGAAACAAUCUUAAAAAAUAACAACAAGACAAUCAUUUGGACUUCAUUCAUUGAUUUGACUGAAGAACACCUGGAUCUACUUCACUACAUUUUACACUUCUAUCUUAUCUGAAAAUCAUCAUGACUCAGCAGCAGAUCAGCCUCCCAGCUAAACUCAUUAAUGGAGGUAUUGCUGGCAUUGUUGGGGUUACUUGUGUCUUCCCCAUUGACUUGGCAAAGACCAGGUUGCAGAAUCAGAGACAAGGUCAGCAGGUCUACAAGAGCAUGAUGGACUGCCUUGUCAAGACAGUUCGAUCAGAGGGGUACUUUGGAAUGUACAGAGGUGCUGCUGUAAAUUUGACCCUGGUCACCCCUGAGAAGGCAAUCAAGCUGGCUGCUAAUGACUUCUUCAGGCAUCACCUCGCCAAGGAGGGAAAGGGGCUGACGGUGUUCAAAGAGAUGCUGGCAGGUUGUGGUGCGGGCAUGAGCCAGGUCAUUGUCACCACCCCCAUGGAAAUGCUCAAGAUACAGCUACAGGAUGCAGGCAGGCUCGCGAUCCAGCAGCAAAAACCAGUCAUGAUGUCUCCCACCAAGCUCGUGGCCACCAACACCAUGCUCAGCCGCUCCUAUAACUCUGGCACGGUGGUCUCAGCUCCACGAGCUGUAUCUGCCACACAGAUCGCAAAGGAACUCCUCCGUACGCAGGGCAUCCAGGGGCUCUACAAAGGUCUGGGGGCAACACUGAUGAGGGAUGUUCCCUUUUCUGUUGUCUACUUCCCGUUGUUUGCCAACCUGAACCGCCUGGGCAAACCCGGUCCUGAGGAGUCGUCACCCUUCUAUUGGGCUUUUCUCUCAGGCUGUGUGGCCGGGUCUACUGCCGCUGUGGCUGUUAACCCCUGUGAUGUGGUGAAGACUAGACUGCAGUCACUGAACAAAGGGUCCAGUGAGGAGACUUACAAUGGCGUUGUGGACUGUGUGAGUAAAAUAAUGCGGAACGAGGGACCCUCCGCCUUCCUGAAAGGUGCUGGCUGUCGAGCUCUGGUUAUUGCUCCUCUCUUCGGCAUUGCGCAGGUUAUGUACUUUGUUGGCAUUGGUGAAUACAUUGUGGACAACUCACCUUUAAGCCUCCUGUCGCCAUGAAAGUAGAUCAACUUGAUGGCUGGCUAUGCACAGGACCUUUCCGAGUGUAGAUGGUAGAACAACUGGCAGCUACAUACCAUCAGUUUAUAGCAAAAAAAAAAUCAUGCAAGUCUUGUCUGACUGAGUCAGAAAGGCUUCAGGAUGUAAAGACCUAAGAUUUCAUCUUGUGUAUGGUCUGAGAACUGUGUUGCACUUGAACACUUUUGUGACUUAUUCAGUAGGCGAUGGCCAAUGUUUGCACUUGAAGCUGUUAGCCUUACUGGGCUGGGGGACUCAGAGUUGCAGUGUUAUUCUUUCUUUGUCCCUAAGACAGUCCUGUGUUGUUUCCCUCUGUGAGGGAGGGGAGCUCACUCCAUCAAAGAGAGAGACCUAUUUUUGUGUUUUCUCACUUUUCAUAUUAUUUUGUAUCUGCAUGCUAGUUUUAUUUUGGAUUGCUGAAAUCUAACAACUUGCAGAACAUUUUUUCCCCUUCCUUUUCCAUUGCUGUCUCAUGUUACAAAGCCUUCAAGUUGGCACAAAGGCUUCAAGUGGGGGAUACAUCGGGCCCAAUUUACACAAAUUAUUGCAAAGGGAUCUUUUUUACAAAACUUUUUUUUUUUUUUAACAUUUCAGCAAUAUCUCAGUGUACAUGUUUAUUCUGACUGAUCAUGAACCUUCCUACUGACGUGGGACCAUAUAUAUGUUUGCCGAACGAUAAACAGUGUCCUGUUACAUGAUAUUAACCCUACAGUUGUUUAGUAGUCUGAACUGCAGUCGUAUCUUAAUAUCUGAAAAACUUGAGAUGCAUUCAUGCACAUUAUAUAUGUAUGUGUUUGUUCACAUAACCUCAGUUUAGACAUUUCAGUAUGCAUACCCACAAUUUCACACAGAAGAAUAUUUUUGAUGUAUGCCUUAAUACAGCAGACUGACAUUUCUCUCUGAAGAAGCAAGGCUUUUAGCAAAAAUAAAGGCAUUACUGUGACUGUGAGCAUGUAAAAAAUGAGUUUCCAUGUUUUGUGUUUGUGAUGGUGUUUUGUACAUACCGUAUAUGAUACAUACAUUAAAAUUUGCAGCACACUCA